CCCAUAACAAAUCGUAGUAUGUAGUUGCUGGCCGGCAAGUGCGUGUCAGAUUAGCAGGUUUCUUUUGCUUUCUCACUCUCUCUCUCAAAAGCGCCGUGCAGCAUGCUGAUUAACUAACAACAAACACACUCAAAAUUAUCAAAUAAAACAUUAAUCAAUUGAAUAAACCAAUAGAUUAGUGCAAUAAUCGCAACUGCCGGAAAGCUGAGCGUCGACAAAAUCACGUCUUGGAGAGCGGAGCAUCCCAUUAAUUGUGGAACGAAUGUUGCGCAACCCGUUGCUCUACCCGCGUGCUAACCCAAUAAUAACACAAUCACCACUAUCACGCCAUCAACGACACUGAUAAUACUACUAAGAAAACACAACAACAGUAGCCAGUAGCAACAAUAAUAAUAACUAUGAAGAAACGUUCCAAUUCCCGCGGCACACCAACUGCCGGCGAUGGAGAGAAGGAGCGCACAAGUUCCAGUGGAGACCAGAGCAUAGCAUCUGCUAAGUACAAAUCCGGUGCGUCCAGUGCACCAACAACACCAACAAAACGCAGUGGCAACAACAAAAACGGCAACAGCAACAAUGGCAACGGCAAUGGCAACAAACGUAAAGAGGAAAUUGCACAGACCUUUGUUAUUGUUAAUGAACGGCCGGUGGAUGACAUUUCCUUGGAUUUUUUCUAUAAGCCUCAUACCAUCACCCUUCUGGCCGUCUCCGUGCUGGCGGUCAUGUAUACCGCAUUUGUCAGGAACGAAGCGAACUUAGAUGACAACCUUUGGGCGGGACUUUUAUGCAUUGUAUUCUUCUUUCUGAUCGUUUCGGUAAUUGCAUUUCCAAAUGGACCAUUUACACGACCACAUCCGGCCGUUUGGCGCAUCCUCUUUGGCUGUUCCGUAUUGUAUCUGCUCAUGCUGCAGUUUCUCAUGUUCCAAAAUUAUUCAACCAUACGAAAUAUAUUCUAUUGGAUCGAUCCAAAGUUGAAAAACUUUCACAUAGACAUGGAGAAGGAAUACGGUGUAAAUUGCUCGGAUGUUAGUUGGGAACGUGUUAAGGGUCAUUUGGAUGUCUUUGCCUGGGGACACUUUUUGGGCUGGGCCUUUAAGGCCAUACUCAUUCGUCACAUGGGCAUUUUGUGGGCUAUAUCUGUGAUGUGGGAAAUAACGGAGAUAACCUUUGCCCACCUGUUGCCCAAUUUUAUUGAAUGCUGGUGGGAUGCUCUCAUUCUUGAUGUGAUCAUCUGCAAUGGCCUUGGCAUCUGGAUGGGCCUCAAGAUCUGUAAAAUACUCGAAAUGCGCGAAUACAAAUGGGCUAGCAUUAAGGAUAUAUCAACGACAACGGGCAAAAUCAAACGUGCCAUGCUACAGUUUACACCAGAAAGUUGGUCAGCUAUACGUUGGCUCGAUCCCAAGUCAACGGCCAUGAGAUUUGCCGCUGUUAUACAGUUGGUGAUAUUCUGGCAGGUCACCGAACUGAAUACGUUCUUCUUGAAGCACAUUUUCGAGAUGCCUCCCAGUCAUUUUAUUGUUAUUGGACGUUUAGUAUUCAUUGGACUGUUUGUUGCGCCUUCCGUUAGGCAAUAUUACGUAUACGUCACCGACACGCGCUGCAAACGCGUCGGCACCCAAUGUUGGGUUUACGGCGCUAUUAUGGUCUCCGAGGCCAUUCUUUGCAUCAAGAAUGGCAAGGAGUUGUUUGAGCGCACGCAAGCCAUCAACAUUGUGAUCUGGCUGACCGUGCAGGUGCUAAUAUCGGUGUCAUUUGUCUACGUUGCCGUUCUGUGGCAGCAGCGUCAACUGAAAAAGGGGUCCACAACGCCCACAAAACGACAAGGAGACAGCGCUGUGAACUCACCAACUAAAGGUAAUUUGUCGCCGCCUAAAGAGAAGAAAAUCAAAUGAGGCCAUUUUAUCAAACCAAAAAGAAAACAACACCAAACUA